AUGCUUCUGCGACUAUCUGCCAGCCUCCACUACCCCAUCACCGUCACAGAGCUGUUGAAGCGCCCUGGCGAUAACAUCCGGCAGGGCGAGGCCAUCUUCGCAUACUACUACCGCACUACGGUGACGGAAGGUGAUGGGCUGGGAAACAAGCAUGACGUGCUCAAGACGUUUCCGACGAGGUUUGAGUCCGCAGUUGAUGGGGAGCUGGUUGCGUGGAAGGUUAGGAAGGGCGCUGUGAUUGAGAAGCCGUUUAACUAUAACACGGAGGUUUUGGAUUCUUCUCGUGCCCCGAUUCGCAUGGUGCACGAUAACUCUGCUUUGACGGUCAGCGAGAACGAAGCAACAAGGGUGGAAGAGGAUGCGAAACGCCGGCUCCUCUCGUCGAGACGAUUAUCCCUCGUCGUCGACUUAGACCAGACAAUUAUUCACGCAACGGUGGAUCCGACGGUGGCAGAGUGGCAGCAAGACAAAGAUAACCCGAACCAUGAAGCGGUCAAGGACGUGCGCGCUUUUCAGCUUGUGGAUGAUGGGCCUGGCAUGAAAGGGUGUUGGUAUUACAUCAAACUACGGCCUGGGCUAGAAGAGUUUCUGCGAAAUAUUUCCACGCUGUUCGAACUACACAUCUACACAAUGGGGACCCGCGCGUACGCGCAGCAUAUCGCAAGCAUCGUGGAUCCGGACCGCAAGAUUUUCGGGGACAGGAUUCUUAGCCGGGACGAGAGUGGGAGUUUGACCGCCAAAAACCUGCAACGCCUCUUCCCCGUCGAUACGAAAAUGGUUGUUAUCAUAGAUGACAGAGGAGAUGUGUGGAAGUGGACGGAUAACUUGAUCAAGGUGGUGCCUUACGAUUUUUUCGUUGGUAUUGGAGAUAUCAACUCUAGUUUCCUCCCGAAAAAACAGGAGUUCAAAGGUUUCCCUCUGGGCGUGGCCAAGUCAAAAAAGGAGCUGGAUUCAAAGGAGACUGAAACGACAAGGACAACGGCCAAUGGGUCUAGUGCGACGAACGCAGAUGAGCAAACGACAACGGAAAUAUCAGCACUGGAGCAACUGGUUACCAUGGGAGGAGGCGAUAACCCAGUGCUGCUCCAAGAACAGGCCACUGAGCAGGAAGAGGCGAUCGCGCACCAAGUUGAAGAACGGCCGUUGCUGCAGAAACAGAAGCAACUAGAUGCUGAAGAUGAAGCGGCCGAGUUGUUAGCGGCGGGCGAAAACGGGGAUUCAUCCAGCUCUGAUUCGCACGACUCUUCAAGACACCGCCAUCACCUCCUUGAAGACAACGACACUGAGCUAUCCAAACUUGAAGAGCGGCUCAAGGCGGUACACACGGCCUUUUUCGAUGAAUAUGAUAGGAGACGAACCAGUUCACUUGGAGGGAGAGUCUCGGCUUUAAGGGGCCAACGCGUUCCUUCCAAAGACAAAGACAUCGAUCUUCGCAUUGUACCUGAUAUUAAAGUCAUCAUGCCACAGAUCAAGCGGCCCGUACUCCAGUCUGUGGACCUGGUAUUUUCCGGGGUCCUACCCCUCGGAACCGACACGCAAAAUGCUGACAUCUCACUCUGGGCGAAAAGUUUCGGUGCAAUCAUCUCGCACAAGAUCAGCUCUAAAACCACCCAUCUCGUCGCCGGCAGGAACCGCACCGCCAAAGUCCGUGAAGCGACGCGGUACCCUAACAUCAAAAUCGUAACGGUGCAAUGGCUGCUUGACUCGAUAACCCAGUGGAAACGAUUGGACGAGGAACCAUACCUUGUCCCGGUGCACCCGGAGGAUAGGGGGGGGCUGAUCGGCGCUGACGAUAUGUCUCCAUGGGACUCUAGCAAGUCCAAUGGCAGUCUCGAUGAUUUCUCGUUCCUAACUUCAUCGGAAGAGGAUUUUGGUAUGACAGGAGAUGACGAUGACAGUAGUGAUGACGACGGCGACAGCGAGGGGAACAACACCGAGAGCGAUACAUCGAAGCGACGCUCCGCGGGACUCACAGAGCAUUCUCCCAUCGGCUACGAUGCGGAGCAGCAGGCCGCGGUGCAUGAUGAGCUGAGGGAAUUUUUGGGGAGUGAUAAUGAGGAUAGUGAGAGCGAUAGUGAUUUCUCGCCUGGGACGUUGUUUGGCGAACAACAACGGCCAGUGACGCCCAGCGGAAAGAAGCGGAAAAGAGGCGAGGACGGCGAUGAGAGUUAUGAGGAGUCGAGUGCGGGAGAAGAUAGGGGUGAAGGAACCGCAUCUUCAGGCUCAGGUUCAGGUUCAGGUUCCAUAUCUGCUGCUGGUGCUGGUGCCGGUGGUGGUGGUCCAGCUGCCAGCUCUUCAGGAUCAUCGCGCCUGGCGCGAAAGAUCAAAUUGUCCCAUGAGAGAAAUACGGGGUUGAAAAAUGUCUCGACGAUCCGGUCUAGGGGAUCCUCGGAGGCACCUGAUGUUGUCCCUGUACCGAACCCCACGCCAAAUGCUGAAGAUGAUGACGAUAUCGGAGAUGAGUCUGACACGACUGAAUAUAAUAGUAAUAAUAACGACGAUGUGGAUCCGGAGGAUGAUGAGGAUGCAUUGGAGAGGGAGAUGAUGGCGGCUUUUGAGGAUGGGGAGGGGGAGGGGGAGGAAGAUAGAGGGGAUGGAGGAGGGCCAGGGGCGUAG